CAGACACCUUACAGAGGCAGAAAAAAGGGAAGUUAUAACCAGACUGCUGAUCACAGGUCAGUUUUUCUCCCGCUAAUAAAAGAUGAGAUUGUGAAAAGGGCUUCGGACACCGAUCCCCGGUCAGCUCCUCCCAAAGUACUUAGCUACGCAUUUCCUAACGACGUAAAAGGAUAAACAUAGAAAGCUAUGCCUUAGCUAGCAAACAAAGAGUUGAUUUGACAAUAGAUUGUAAUAGUUAGCAAGAUUAAAACAAUUAUUAAUAUCCUUACAAGUCCUUCUAAGCUAUUUUAAUGGCCAGUUGUUGCUGUUUGGGAUAGCGUCGCUCCUCGGCUUUGAUGCCAAGAUCCAGACGCCCAUUACAAUCCGCAGAGCCAACAUCUCCAUUCAACUCCUGGGGCUGCAGGUUGCUCUGUAAGCACGCCUGUCUAGAUCCGCUAUGCAAGUGAACACAACGCGGGGCUUCUUGUGGUCGGACGUAGAGACGAGGACCUUGUUGAACAUCUGGGGGGAGCAGGACAUCCAGGCGGCGCUAGAUGGGAACUUCCGAAACAGCUUCGUGUACCGCGACGUCUCCCGGAGGCUGGGGGCCACGGGGUUUGAGAGGACACCGGAGCAAUGCAGGGUGCGGAUCAAAAGCCUCAAGAGACAGUACUUGUUGGCAAAGGAAGGCAAUCUACGGAACAACGGGCAGUAUCAUAAGAUCUGUAAGUUUUAUGACACCAUGGAGAGGAUUUUGAGCAACCGGCCUGCUCUUGACCCUCAGGAGUUCAUAGACAGUGUGGCGGGGGGAGAGGAGGCCGGGGAGGGCCUGGAGGAGGAGGAUGCAGAGGAUGCUCAGGAUGCUCAGGAUGCUUACUCAGAGAGCACAGGGGAGUGUCCUUACCCUGCAGAGACUGAAGUGAAGCUGGAAUAUCCUACUAUUCCCAUCCCAAUUCCGGUUAAAGUGACAGUGGGCAUAAACAGUACUUCAGUGAGACCACAUAACAGCAGCCAGCUGGCCAGCAACUUGUCAGCCAGGAUACCUAAACGGCCAAGGAAGCGGCGCACAAAUUUCCCCAUGGAAAAACUAAUGGAGCAGUUCCUGGAGCAGAGCGUCCAUGCUGAGGACAACUUCUACCGAAUGGAGGAGCAGCGCUUGCAGGCAGAAGACACCCGAAGAGAAACUGAACACACCAGGGAGCUGCACAUGCUUCAGAUGCUCGGACAGAUGUUCUCCAGCAUCUCCUCCACCAGAGCUGGAUCUGCAGCAGAACCCCCCAAAACAGCUCCUCCUGCCCGUGCUCCAGUGUUCUCCAGUGCCUCUCCAUCAUGUAAACAAGGCCAGUCCGGUCACUUCAGACGCCCUUCAGCCCAGACAGACUGUUGCACCCCAAAAAGUCAACUGUUGAACCCAGAUCCACAGGCAAUAGUGUUUGAACGCUACUACAGUUCGGGAUCUACGUCACACAGAGGCAUGGAUGAGGACUUCCUCUCACUAGUAAAGAGCAUCGUCCCUCCACUGACAUCGAAAAAGCACAAGGGACAAGAUGGACGUAUUGGGAUCAUUGGAGGAUGCCAAGACUACACUGGAGCACCGUACUUUGCCGCCAUCUCAGCAUUGAAAGCGGGGGCUGACUUGUCUCAUGUGUUCUGCACCAAAGAUGCUGCUACUGUCAUCAAAUCAUUCAGCCCUGAACUUAUAGUUCAUCCUGUCCUGGACAGUCCUAAUGCAGUGGAAGAGAUAGACAAAUGGCUUCCGAGACUUCACGCCCUGGUGGUGGGACCAGGUCUAGGGAGAGAAGACGCAUUACUGAAAACAGCCAAGGAGGUGAUAGAGAAGUCUAAAACAAGAGAUAUCCCAAUCAUCAUAGAUGCAGAUGGAUUAUGGCUAGUUACACAGCAACCAUCUGUUAUUCACGGGUACCACAAAGGCAUCCUCACACCUAACUUCAUGGAGUUCACUCGACUGUAUGAGGCGCUGCACCACGAGCCCAUGGACAUCAGUGAUCAUCAGCGCAGCGUCACUCAGCUCAGUGUUGCCAUGGGCAAUAUCACUAUGGUGCUAAAAGGAGAACAGGAUCUCAUUACAGAUGGCGGUAAAGUGAUCACGUGCAGUGUGGAGGGCAGUGGGAGAAGAUGUGGUGGACAGGGGGACGUUCUCUCUGGAUCUCUGGGAGUGUUUGCACACUGGGCCCAUGCUGCCUCUGCAGCUGGAGUGGGCAGAAGGUGAGGGCAUGAUUGG